AUGGCUCAUUACGCUUGUUUUGCUGUCAACGAGCAGUGGUCGUUACAAGCCCCGUUACCUAGCUUCUGGAUCAAACAAGGCAACUUGGAGCUCUUUUUCCGCUCGGUGGGCGGACCGAUACCAUGGUCUGUGGUAGCAAGAUUUGCCACAAAGAUGCUUUGCGCGACGCAGCUGGGAUGGCUUGGCACGUAUGAGAUUAUCUACCAGAAUGGCGCGGCGAACCAGGCUGUCGGGGUGACCCUGCGGAUUGCCAACAAUCAGCUCCCAUCGCCGCAACACCAUCUGACCAAAUCAAGGACAGUAGAGGCUGCUGAAAAAACGGAUUUGAAGAAGCGUAACCAAAUUCAACUAAUCUCCUUCAAGGUCCAUGACUUCGUGUCCGCUGCGCAGAAAUACUCUUCCUAUGCGGAUCACCUCUGGGUCAACACCUUUGACGCUUUCUACGAAGAAGCCGAGUUCGGUAUCACGGUCGCCCUGAGCCUGCGCCUCUUGCAACGGUCGACCGGGCCCCGCUUGACCGCCAUCACACUACCCCCGAGAAGGAGCCUCCAGCGUCCAAGCCCGCCCCUACGGCCCCGCGCCCCCACCAUGCCCCCGUCCCCGGCGAUCAGAGUCACCAGCUUCAUCCGGACCGCCGCCCUCGUCCCCACCGCCCUCGCCGCCGCCCAGCUCGAAGACUUCUACACCAUCAUCGCCACGAAGAUCGAAACGGGCCAGCUGGCCCACCGCCGCCCGGCCCGGACCGUCGUCUGCUCCCUCUGGGACUUCGAGCUCGUCUUCUCCUGCGACCGCAUCGACGUGCCCUGGAGCUUCGUCCAGGCCUUCGCCAUCGACAUGGCCGAGUGGUCGUCCAGGCAGUUCACCGGCCUCUACGAGGCCACGGUGAGGGGGGAGGGCCCGCUGAGCGGGCUGGUGUUUGUGGUGCAGAUGAGGCUGAAGGGGAAGGGUCGACGGUCGCCGUAUCUCGUGUGA